AUGACCGUCACCGACACGACCAUGAAGCUGCCCACCGUGGUGCUAGACACUACGCUGACGGAUCUAUACCGUCAAUCUGGGAGUCCCUGUGCCGACAAGUGUAUUGGCCAGGUCCUUGGUACCUUUAGCGCGACUCUAACACUCGGUCCUAAGGUGCCUCCCAACCGCAAAUACAUCUAUCAAGACAGCCCCUUCACUAGCAGCCAUGAUGUAACUCCCGCCGACGACGCUAUAACGACCAUCAAGUAUCUCUCCCUCCUAAACCAGCGAGAUGCUUUCAUGUGUGGCACGUCGCCUGCCAUCUUCUUCCAUAUGGGUUCCUCGUCACAGCGCAAGAGGCAUGACCAGAAGCAAGUUGUCAAGACGCUAGCCAUACUAUCGGAUGCACAGCGACCUCCCCUCGUCUUCUGCGAUGGACCCGAGUACAUCCCCAUCAAGGAAGCAAACAUCGAUGUGGUGGCGUGCAAGGCUAUCAGCGACUACCUUGAGGGGUACGAAAACGUCGUGCCGCUCGAGACGCAUUGGUUCCUCAACACGAAGCGCGCCCUCGCCGAGUCUGGUCUCCCGACGCCAAAGAGCGUGGCUGUCACUGUCGAGGGCUUCCCCAUAAACGCCGAGUCAUGCUGUGCGCUCUGCAUCGAGAACUGUCUGGAUGGCUUCGUCAUACCCAGGGGCUGCGCGGGGGCCCGAGGGACGUGGUUGAGGGAGCAGAAUUCGAGGUUGUACCAGGCCGUCGAGUCGUACCCGCUGCCGUUUGUGCUCAAGAGCCAAAUGACGUUUGGAGGAGCGGGUACGUUCAUCGUGAGGACCGAAAAGGAUCGUCAAGGAAUCAUCAACGACUUCGGAAAGGGCUUUCUCAGUCGUCUGCUCUCGUCCGUCAACGAGAUCAACUCGCACCUCGAACCAGCGACCCUCCUCUUCUCAGACCUCAUCCAAGACCCGAUCGGCGACUACGGUAUAACCUUUUUCGUCAACGAAAAAGGACGACGGCCCAUCUUUCUCGGUGUCUCGGAGCAGAUCAUCGAGGGUGACACGGCAUGGAUCGGCAGCAUUAUCGACUACCGCCAGCAGAACGAGCUCCGUCUCAAGUUCUCCUCGCUGAUGGUUCAGAUCUCGGAAUGGCUGCAGUCGUACGGCUACGUCGGGCCUGCGGGCGCAGACGUUCUUGAGGAUGCCGAUGGGACGCUUUAUGUUGUCGACCUUAAUGUGCGGACGACGGGGUCGUGUUCCCUGCCGCUGCUGAGGACUCACUUUACGAGUAGGGGCCUCGAUUGUGCUUCUUCAUUCGCUGUUGACGUGGAGAAGCGCAGAGAUGACUUUAUCAACAUGUUUUCGAGCGAGUUCCAGGAAGGUCGCAUGUGUAUCCUAAGCUGGUACGAAGAUGAGAUGUCAGGAUGUAGCUUAGGUCACUUGGUAGUAGGCGCACAGGACGAGGCGAGCUUAAAAGAGCUCACAGAUCGAGUGAGGGAGACAUGCGGGCAUGUGAUAUUCUAA